AUGGCUGCAGCCGCCGCUUUUAGCAAUUCUUGCUGCCAUGGCGUUUGUGAAGCAGCCACCGUUGGAGCCCCAUACCGCCUCAUUACGAUGCAGCACAGCGCAGUCUCCGCAGUGGACGGCAAUGGCGGCAUCAAGCACAGCGACAACUCCGUUAGUUUAAGCUUAACGUCGUUAAUAACAACCGACGAGACCGACGGACGCGUGUUAAAUACGACGACAUGUGGUGACGACUCGAGGUCGUCGCACGUUUCGGGUACGACAUCUCAAGAUAUGUUCGAGGCGACUAGCUUAAGCAGCGUCAGCAGCGAUGCUUCUCAAGGCGGGGCUUUCAAUAACGCGUCUCAACUCGAAGGGACUUUUAGAUGUAUUCGCGAAGGGGCGGGUCAAGUCCCGCACCACGAGUUACGCGUUGACUCGUUUGACUUGGCUGAGCUACGUGGCGAUGAGAAUCGUGAGCAUUGUGUCUCCCGGUCGCCACGUCGCGAGCUUGGCGGACUAGCUCAACCAGUGCCGUCGGCGCAUUGCUUACUCGCCGAAGCGUCACCACGCGAAAACAGCUGUCUCGAUCGUCGCGAAACAAGCGCAGCCAGUCCGUCGGACGAAGAUUUAGAACCUUCCACGGGGCGCAUUCCGUUUAACUCGACUUCAGCCCAGGAACAGCUACCAGAGUGUUUUGCCCCGUUAGAAGCAGACUCGAUGUCGUGCAUAUGGAAUCCCGGUGAGACGGGAUGGGAGAGCGUGCGACGCGCGCUGGAGGAGAAAGCGGCCGAGCGGCUCAAGGGGGGGCGAUCGUUAGAGCACCAUGCGAAUGGCGCGGCGGAGGUGCUUCAGCGACGAAUGAGCAACUGCGGCGCGGCGGAGCUUCUGGAACGGAUACAGACGGAAGAGGAGGAGGUGACGGACGAGCAAGACGGCGACGGCUACGACGACGGUGACGGCGGCACGCGCUGCGAGGCGGCAGGCGGAGCUGAUUUAUUCGCAUGGCCUGUUGCCGGGGGUUCCGCGCGAUGGUGGUCCGGAUGGGCGGGGUCCGCGCGCCUCGAUGCGGUUCCGGAAUCUUCGCGAGAUUCUCCGCGCAGCGCGGAAGCAGCGUCACGAAACGCCUCCAUGCCACGAACCGACGCGGCCGCGCCUCUGCGAGACGCCGUCACUCAGAGCAACCUCCCCGCGCCGCGCGACGACUCCUCCCCGCAUCGCGAGCCUUCCACUCCGCGCGGCGGCUGCUCUGUCGGUUGCGGAGGCGGCGGCGGCGGCGGCGGCGCGCGCGUUCGUCCGCCGAGGUGGCAGAUGGACGCGUCGCAGCUGGUGAUUCGCAACUUCGUCGCGCGCGGCUCGUUCGGCACCGUGCAUCGCGGGCAGUACAACGGCCGCGACGUUGCCGUGAAGCUUCUCAACUGGGAGGGGGAGAGCGUGCACGGGGGUGCGCGGGCGGCGGCAGCUGCGGGAAAAUUUAUCGGCGCGCGGAAUGGCUGCAGCGGAAACGCUGGUGGCGCGGCGGGGUGUGCUGCGGAGGCGGAAGCGAUUGCGGCUGUGCCCGCGGGGAAGUUUGGGUGCGGGGAGAAAGAGGGCGCGGGGAAGGCUGUGGGGAAGCCUGAGGCGGCGGGGAAAAUCAAUUCCGCGGAUUUGAAGUUUUUGCGGGAUGUAUUUGCGCAAGAGGUGCUCGUUUGGAGCAAGCUUCGACAUAAGAACAUCUGUGAGUUCGUGGGCGCGAUCAUCGGCGGACAGGAGUCGUACGAUCUGACAUCGACGGUUGAGGAUCAUCAGGGGCAGUUACGCGUGGGGAGCAACUUGUGCUGCUUGGUGUUGGAGUUUCUCCCCGGCGGAACGCUGAAGCAGCUCUUAGCGAAGCAGAGCAAGAAGAAGAAGCGGCUGCCGUUGAAACGCGCGUUGCAUCUGGCGUUGCAAGUCGCGGAAGGCCUGCGCUACCUGCAUGCGCGCAACAUAGUGCACCGCGACCUUAAGACAGACAACUUGCUGCUCGACCAAAAACACAGGGUGGUGAAGAUUGCAGACUUUGGUGUGUCGAGGGUGCAGCCAGGGGACCACUCCAUGAAGCGACGCACCGGCACCUUUGGAUACAUGGCGCCCGAGGUGCUCAAGGAGCAGCCGUACGACCACAAGGCGGAUGUGUACAGCUACGGCAUAGUGCUGUGGGAGAUCGUCACGUGUGGUAACCCGUUUCUCUUUGAAGGGCUCAAGCCGGAGCAAGUCUGCUGCAUGGUGAACCAGGGCCUGCGUCCAGACAUCCCCUCGUCGUGCCCGCCUGCCCUUGCUGACCUCAUGCGGGAUUGCUGGCACCACACGCCUGCCCGCCGCCCGAAUAUGGGCGAGGUGGUGGAGCGGCUCCGCGUCCUCACCCUACAGUGUGCGCCUGCCAUUCCCACCUGUGCCUGCAUGUAA